UUUAUCAUAAAACGUAAAAACAGAAAAAUAAAAGAAAGUCUAUAACAAAACAAAAACACAGAAAAAUGGAAGAUUUAUGGAACAGAGCGAAGGUAUUCGCAGAAGAAGCAGCGAAGAAAUCCCAAACCCUAACAACUUCUUCCAACAAGAUCGCCGAUUUAGUCGCUGAAACCGCCAAGAAAUCCAAAGAACUUGCCUUGGAAGCCUCCAAAAAAGCCGAUGAGUUCAAAGUCGCCGCUCUUAAACAAGCCGAUCAGAUCCAAAUCAAGUCCAUUUCCGAUAUCAUCCCUCCUCAGCUGUCCUCUCUCUCCAUCGUUAAUACCAAUGCCUUCUCUUCCUCCUCCUCCUCUUCCGGCUCUGUUGUUUCCGAGUCGGAGCUCCGGAAGUUUGGUGUUACUGAUGAUCUGAGAGAUUUUGUCAAAGGAUUGACUUCUGUUACUUUUCAGAACUUUCCAGUUGAAGAUGAAGGAGAGCCGUCUGACGUGGAGACAACGGAGUCAAAUGUACGGAAGGAUCUUAGUGAAUGGCAGGAGAGACAUGCUACUUUUGUUCUCACCACCGUUAAGCAAAUUUCGAAGUUGCGAUAUGAGUUGUGUCCGCGUGUGAUGAAAGAAGGGAGAUUCUGGAGGAUUUAUUUCAUUCUUGUCAGCACUCAUGUUGGGCCGUAUGAGAAGCAGUAUACGGAGGAGGUUAAGCGCAAAGCAGAAGAGCAGAUACAACAUGAAAAGGCAAAGGAAAGUUAUGUGGUUGGGGAGAAUUCUUCUAAAUCAGAAUCAACGCCUAAGAACCUGAAAACUGAGACAUCCUCAGUUGAGCAGGACUUGGACUCAUUUCUUUUGGGAGAUCUUGAAGACAGCGAUGGGGGUCCAGAUGAUGGUGAUGCGAGCUUUGAUGAUGAUUUUGACAAGAUUGACAAUUCUGAUGUUGAAGAUGAGAAGCAUUUGAAGAAGGCGACAGGUACUACAGAUUAGCUUGAUGAUAAUUGAAGAGAUUAUGGAGGUGGGGGGGGGGGGGGGGGGGGGAGCUCCUGUAAAGAAUGGAAAAGGACCGGUAAAAGGAAUACAUAAGCAACACUUAUUGGUGUAUCUCAAUAUUCAAAAUCAUGGUUCUAAAGAGGUGCAUAGUAGCUGGGAAAUUUGUGCUUUGCUGUAGAUCAUAUGUGUUCUUUCAUUUGUUUCAAUGGUAAGUUACGAUGCCUGUUUGUCUAAAAGAUUGGGGGAAGUUGACUUGCCUUGUAUACUCUAUUUCUUGGAACAGUUGAUUCAAGAAUUUUCAGUUCAAUUUGGAAACAUAUUGAAGUA